GCACCUUUCAAACCUCCCCUCAAGCUUUCCAAACCACUUCUUUAGACCCCAACAGCCAGAGCAACCGCGAAGGUCAGGCCACCCUCCACAGACUUGCUAUCUUGACCCCGCCUCACAACAUUGUGACCCGCAACCCAGAGCAACCCUAUUACUCAACGAUCAACCCGACCCAGUAGCCGACCAGUCAAUCAUCCUAAAUCCCAGUACAUAGCGUCUACACCCACCGCCGAGGUCUACAGCCGCCCACCAUGCCAGACUUUACCCUCGAAACUCCCCACGGCAUCAUAAGCAUAACAGACACCGGGCUCAAAAACCCCUCUCCCGCCCUACUCCUACUCCAUGGCAACUCCUCGUCCUCUAGAAUCUUCCGGCAUAUGCUUACCUCCCCCACCCUAUGCUCCCAACACCGCCUCAUCGCCUUCGACCUCCCCGGCCAUGGCGCAAGCAGCAACGCUCCGCACCCAGCGAAAUCUUACACCAUGUCCGGCUACGCAGACCUCGCAGUCUACAUCCUCGAGCACCUCUCUAUCGAGUCCGUUGUAGUCCUAGGCUGGAGUCUCGGCGGGCAUGUUGCGCUCGAGAUGGUUCCUGUGCUGAAACGCGCUUCUGAGCGCGGAUCCAGAAUCGUCGAGUUGAAAGGGAUCAUGUUGACGGGUACUCCGCCCGCUCUUGGAGCCGAGAAUUGCGCAAAGGGAUUUAAGAUCCCUACUAACCCUGAUGAGGGGGAGGAGAAUCUGAUGGGGAAGGUGCAUUGGACGAAUGAACAGGCUGAGGCUAUUGCGCGCAACUCUGCGCCUGGAGGCCAUGAGGAGCUUUUCGAAGAUUGGAUGUUGAAUGAUGCGAUUCGCACGGAUGGGCGGGCGCGGAUGAUGAUGUUUGAGGCGUUUGUUGAGGGGAGGGGGGUGGAUCAGGUGGGUGUUGUUGAGGGGGAGGAUGUGUUGAUUGCGGUCGUUAAUGGGGCGGAUGAGCCGUUUAUUAAUUUGGAUUAUAUUGAUGAGUUGAGAUGGAAAAAGCUGUGGAGGGGCGAGUGUGUGAGGUUGCAGGGGAGGAAGCAUGCACCGUUCUGGGAAGAUAUUAAGGGUUUCGAGAAGCUGCUUUUGGAGUUUCUGAAAGACUGCGCGGCUGAGGAGUAGAUGUAAGUCAGGAGGUAACGCAACUACCAGGACGCCACGUGCUAUGCGAGUACAAAAACGUCUUACUCUUCUCACUGACUUCUUUCGUCCAUUACCG